CAAGCUGCAGCAUUCCCUCUCAACGACUACACCACUGCAUCCAUCAAGUCAGUGUUCGCUUCCCUCAAGUCUCACUGGCCAUCAUCUCCUCUCCGCGUCGCGGUCUUCAACGCGGGCUACGGUGUCUGGAAGCUAUUCCUUGAUAUCACGGAAGACGAAGUCCGUGAGUCGAUCGACACCAACGUUUUAGCGGCUUUUGCCUUUGCACGCGAGGCCCUCCUUGAGUUCACAAAGCUCGAGUUUGAGACCGCGAACGAGGGAGGAGUUGCUGGCAAUGCUCGUAAAAGGGGCACCCUUAUUUUCACCGGCGCAACGGCUUCUAUCCGAGGCAACACCCUGACGUCUGCGAUUUCUGCGAGCAAAUUUGAGAUAAGGGCUUUGUCGCAGAGCUUAGCUAAAGAUUUCGCCAAGCAGAACAUACAUGUAGGAACAGCCAUCAUCACUGACCGCACCAAAUCUCGUCACUUCGGCAUUGUUAAUCAGGAUGUUCGACUUGAUCUUGAUUCUAUCGCAAAGCCCUACUUGCACCUCGUCGAGCAAGAUAGUUCAGCCUGGACUUGCGAAAUUGACCAUAAGCGUGGUUCCGAAUUGCUACCCUGUCUUCACUCUCUUCCAAACAGUGCGUCCUGCUCACGAAAAGUGAUGAGCAACUCGAGCAGCUAG